UAGUCUUGUGUGAGUUGGAUUCCCGCGUGUGAAUGUGGGCGUGUGACGAAAAGCAGCAAUUUGAUGAGAAGGAAGUUGCAAUCUCCCGGCAUGCAUUCGCUUUUGCCAGCUUUCACUUGCGCUCCUUCCUCUGUCUGCUGAGCGCGUCCGAAUCGAACCGGUGGUUUCAGUAGCCACCAUGUUCGUGGCUGCUCUUCGCUUGGUGGUCUUUCUUCACCUGGGCCAAGCGUUUGGGGCGCAGCUCCCACUCUUAAGCCUGCAAGACGUCACCGGCGCUCAGCCCUUCCCCUGGGAUCAGAUGAGACUCCCGCAAAGCGUCGUCCCCGUCCAUUACGACCUGACCGUUCACCCCAAUCUGACCACUCUGACCUUCAGCGGCGUGGUUCGCAUCCAGUUGGAUGUGCAAGAGGACACCAAAGCUAUCAUUUUGCACGCCAAGCAGUUGAAGACCUUCAACGCCAGGCUCAAGACGCCCGAGGGGACAAAGUCUCUUCAGAUUUUGGAGAACUCCAUUUACCAGCAGCUUGCUCUGAUGUCAGAUGAAGUGAUCCCUCAAGGGGAGGACUACGAGCUCCAUUUGGAAUUUUCCGCCAAUCUCUCAGACAGCUACCAUGGUUUUUACAAGAGCAGCUACCGCACCAGCAGUGGGGAGCGCCGGAUCAUGGCCUCCACGCAGUUUGAAGCCACCUUUGCCCGAGCGGCCUUCCCUUGUUUCGAUGAGCCCGCCUUUAAAGCCAACUUCACCAUCGCCAUCGUUCGGGAACCGCAACACGUAGCCCUUUCCAAUAUGCCCAAGAUAAAAUCGGUCGCAUUGCCAGGAGAUAUGUUUGAGGAUCACUUUGCCACCACGGUGAAGAUGAGCACAUACUUGGUCGCCUUCAUCGUGUCUGACUUUCACUCUGUGAGCAAGACGAGCCAACAUGGCGUCAAGAUUUCCGUCUACGCCGUGGCUGAGAAAAUCAACCAGACGGACUUCGCGCUGGACGCCGCUGUGAAGCUGCUCGACUUUUACGACGACUACUUCGAUAUUCCUUACCCGCUCCCCAAACAGGACCUGGCAGCCAUCCCCGAUUUCCAGUCGGGGGCGAUGGAGAACUGGGGUCUGACCACCUACAGAGAGGCCGCUCUUCUCUUCCACCCGGAAAAGUCCUCCAUUUCGGACAAAGUGCAAAUCGCCAGGAUUAUCGCUCACGAGCUUGCGCACCAGUGGUUUGGCAACUUGGUGACGAUGGAGUGGUGGAAUGACCUGUGGCUCAACGAGGGUUUUGCCAAGUUUAUGGAGUUGAUCGCCGUGGACGUCACCUACCCGGAGCUCCAAGCGAGUGACUUAUUCUUGGGGAAGUGCUACAACGCCAUGGAGGUGGACAGUCUCACCUCAUCACACCCCGUUUCCACCCAGGUGGAAAACCCCACUGAGAUCCAGGAAAUGUUUGAUGAAGUGUCUUACGAUAAGGGAGCGUGCGUUCUGAAUAUGCUGAAAGACUUCCUGACACCUGAAGUCUUCGAGGUGGGGAUCGUUCGCUACUUGAAGCGCUACAGCUACGCAAACACCGUCAACAGCCACCUGUGGGAGAGCUUGACCAACGUUUGCGAUCCGAAUGAUCUAGCAGGCGCGCCAUCAAAGCAAAAAGAAUUUUGCUCAAAGCUCACCCUCCCGUCUGGAGAAUUAUACGACGGGGACAAGUUUGACAUCAAGAGCAUCAUGGAAACGUGGACGCUACAGACGGGAUUUCCGCUAGUCAACAUUGAAUUAAAAUCUCGCAAGCUCCUGCUCACCCAGCAGCGUUACCUGAAGAUGGAGCCUCCGCCCGCCGCCGCCGACUCCUCCUCCACCGACGCUACCACCGACGCCCCCACCCAUGCCGAGAAGUCCAUUUGGAACAUUCCACUGACAUACAAGACAAGCGACUCUGCCAGAACAUACCAUCACCUGAUGAAAUCCUCAGUAGAUCUCCUGCGCCUCCCAAACAAUGUGGACUGGGUGAAGUUCAACGUGGACAUGAACGGCUACUACAUCGUUCACUACGGCAAAGACGGGUGGAAGAAUCUGAUUAAACUGCUGCACUCCAACCACACGGCGCUCAGCAGCAAGGACCGUGUCAGCCUCAUGCAUGACGUCUUCCGGCUAGCCAGCAUCAAGAAGGUUAGCUUGGAAACAGCCCUGGAGCUGGCCUCAUAUCUGCCCAAAGAGACCGACAUCAUGACCGUGACUCAGGGCUUCCGAGAGCUCAUCCCCAUCUAUAAACUGAUAGAAAAAAGGGAAAUUGGAGUUCUGGAAGACGGCAUGAAGGCUUUUAUGCUGGACCUGUUCAAGAAUUUGAUCGACACUCAGACGUGGGACGACUCCGGUUCGUCGUCUGAGCGAGAGAUGCGUAGCUACCUGCUGCUCUUUGCCUGUGUCAGGAACUACACUCCUUGCGUGACCAAAGCCAAGCACAUAUUCAACCUUUGGAAGGACUCGGACGGCCAAAUAAGCCUCCCCGUCGACAUCACCUUGGCCGUGUACGUUGUCGGGGCUCAAACGGAGGAAGGCUGGGACUUCCUCUUUGACUUCUACCGCCGGACUUUGCAAAUGUCCGUCCAGAACCGCAUCAGGAUUGCCUUGACCGUCAGCCCGUUGUAUAAAAAGCUCAAGUGGCUUCUGGGGCAGAGUCUUCUGGGUGAAGUGGUGAAAACGCAAGAGCUCCCAGAUGUGGUGGUCUCUAUCAGCAGGAACCCCCGAAGCCACAAACUAGCGUGGGACUUCCUCCGAACCAACUGGGCGACCCUGAUCAAAAAGUUUGGAGUUGGCUCCUCCUCCAUAGCGCGCAUGGUGACGGGAGUGACCAGCCUGUAUUCCACCAAAACGAUGCUCAUAUCGGUGGGAAAAUUCUUCAGCUCUCUGGAGGUGGAGACGGGCUCAGAGAUGCGAUGUAUCCAGCAGGCCUACGAAACCAUCUCCGAUAACAUACAAUGGGCCGAGACCAACUUGCCCUUACUGCAGUCCUGGCUGAGAAAACGCCAGAGAGUUACUCACGAGGACUUGUGAUAGGCACACAGACACUUUUUCAAUUGGUCAUAUUUUGGGGGUGACAGGUAGGUUAAUUCCAAAUUGUCCAUAGGUGUGAAUAUGAUUUUCGACUCCUUUUUUUUUUCCCAUCGUCAUCCAAAGUCAUCUGGAAUACGCCUUCCGAUACUGAACAGGAACGUAGUUCUGGACUUCACCUGUUGACAAUGCAUUUGUUUGUGUAACUUUCCAACUAUCCCUUGAAUUUGAAUGAAGACGGACGGACACUGUUUUGUGCCGAUGUUUUGCUAACGCACUGAUCUUGUUGUUCAUGGACAGAGAUGGUGCGAUACGAGACGUUCAAGGUUUUAUUGAAGCGGAACAUUAUUGUCCAUUGCUGCUGACUUGCUUCAUGCAUGGUAUUGCAAGUGUGACUUUAUGAAUUUGGAGUGAAGGUCCCAUGACAGCAACUCACGUCUAGAUGAAACGUUUAUCUGCUUGAAUAUUGCAACGCCUGAAGGAACACGGAUGUCCUAUGCGAUUGUUUUUAAUCUCGAUGAAUUUCACAUGCUGACCUUGCAUUGUCACACGGAUCCCCCCCAAAAAAAAAGAAAUCCAACAAAUUUGAUUUUGUCACAGCCGCCUUAACGACGUAAAGUCUGUGUUGCAUUGCGUCCUUGCCAUGAGUGUACCACAUGCUGACUUGAUGUACGGUGUCAAUGCAGAGUGGCAUCGGAUUAAAACAAGUGAUGAUA